GUGAUAUUUCUCGAGCGAGCUCGCUUCAUGCAUGUCAAGGCCUAGAAGCGAAACUUGCUGUAUGCAUUUUAUGGGUUGGCUCCUGUGUUACGAACAGAGGGCCUCCUGGGUACAUUUUGGCUGUUAUGGGAGUUUCGUUAUGAAUGAAUUCCAUCCUCCCAUUCGUCUCCAAUCUCUCCGGCUGAGGAUAUCGUAACACUCUGUUCUAACAGCAGCUUUCUUUCCUCCUCUUUGCAUUGGUGCUGAUAUCCUCUCAUGUCCCACUUCGUCACACGGGCAUACAUGUCUCGAGCUUGACUUCAUUAUGGGGCACCCUUUUCAAGUCACCAAGAAGGCAUUCCUCGGGUCUGGGUCUGCCCUCAUCAUUCUAGCCGCUCUUUUCGUCGCCGCACGACUUGUAGGCGGUCACAGGAAGUUUGGCAAGUUCUCCAUCAGCGAUUAUAUUUCUGUCUCCGCCAUUCUCUUUUUAACGGGGACCUUCAUAAUAUUCAACCUGACUACGGAUGCAUUGAACGAUCCUCAUACGUCGUUAUACUACCUCUUACAGUUGGGGACUGCUAGUACAUUGAUAGCGGCAGCAGCUACCUGGACUGCUAAGUCACCGAUCCUUUUUGUCUACAUUCAACUCUUUGGCAUCAAGCAAUGGCUCCGUGUCAUCUCCUAUGGCGUCUUGAUCGUCACCUUCUUGUUUCUUCUGAGCUGGAACUCCUACGUUGCAGCGAUCUGCAACCCGACCGGCCGAGAUAAUCUCACCGAAAUGGUCCUAAAAUGUACUUCAGUCACCGCGACUGGUGGUGUCAUCGUCGGUGUAAUUGGCGUUGUCACUGACAUAAUAAUCUUGGUCCUUCCGCUUCCAAUAAUCCUGAGAUUGAACCUUCCGCUGCGGAAAAGGGUUGGCAUCAUCGGUGUCUUCUUGACUGGAACAUUUGCGCUCGCGGCAAGUGCAGUUUCUGUCUAUUUCAGAUGGGCCUCUUUAUCCGGUCUACCAGUUGAUUACAGAGCAGCAACAACUUGGAACAUCAUCGAACUGUCCAUCGCGAUAAUGGUCGGAUGUGUUCCGGCUGCUUACGCCUUCUGGAUGGCUUAUGCUAUUAACUCGGUCAUAUUCUCUAGAAUCUCGGCCGUUGUCUCCCUUCUUUCGGUUAAUCGAUGGAGUAAUUCUAAAACAUCGCGAACGCAAUCGCAACCUGGAGGAUAUUACAUCCCCGACGAGCGUAGCGAAAAUGACAUUAUCCAUCCAUGUGGUGUUCUUGACGACAGGAGGUCGAAAGACAAAGGUCCAACUAUUACUACCCUCGACGAUACUAGCCAGAUUUCACUACAUAGGUUGAGCACAGGCAAGUAGCCAUGUCAAGGAGGAAUUAGUCGAUUGCUAUAUGUAGUAUAACUCAGAGAUGGGUAUCGUUCGAACACGCUAGGUAGACCACAAGUUUGUUUCUUUUAUGGAACAUAUGUAAAUAACUAUAUCGAAAAUACCGAGGAUAAUGGAGCUUGAUUUUAAU